GUGACGUCACUGCCGGCCAGGAGCCAUCUUGCUGGUUUGCUGCCGCUUUCGGAUGUAGCGGCCGCGGUGGUGAGGGCGUGGGGAAGGGUGGGGUGAGGGGGCGAGGCCCCGGCGAGGGCGGCGAAACUCUCCUCCCCUCAGCUCCACCGCGUGGGACGGCGAGAUCGCGGUGUCGGAGGGAUGUCCGCCUUCUCUGAGGCGGCGCUGGAGAAGAAGCUGUCGGAGUUGAGCAACUCGCAGCAGAGCGUGCAGACCUUGUCCCUGUGGCUCAUCCACCACCGCAAGCACUCGCGGCCCAUCGUCACCGUGUGGGAGCGGGAGCUGCGGAAAGCCAAACCAAACAGGAAGCUUACUUUUCUCUACCUGGCCAAUGAUGUCAUUCAGAACAGCAAAAGAAAGGGACCAGAGUUUACAAAAGAUUUUGCACCAGUUAUAGUGGAAGCUUUUAAGCAUGUUUCAAGUGAAACUGAUGAAAGUUGUAAGAAGCACCUUGGACGAGUGUUGUCUAUUUGGGAAGAAAGAUCUGUUUAUGAAAAUGAUGUAUUAGAACAACUUAAGCAAGCUCUGUAUGGUGACAGGAAGCCUAGGAAGAGAACUUAUGAACAGAUAAAGGUGGAUGAAAAUGAAAACUGUUCCUCUCUGGGAUCUCCAAGUGAACCACCACAGACUCUAGAUCUCGUUAGAGCAUUACAAGAUCUAGAAAAUGCAGCUUCAGGUGAUGCAGCAGUACACCAGAGGAUAGCUUCUUUGCCUGUUGAAGUCCAAGAAGUAUCCCUACUAGAUAAAAUAACAGACAAAGAAUCUGGAGAAAGGCUUUCUAAAAUGGUAGAAGAUGCUUGUAUGUUGCUGGCAGAUUACAAUGGCAGAUUGGCGGCUGAAAUAGAUGAUAGGAAACAACUCACUCGAAUGUUAGCAGAUUUUCUUCGUUGUCAAAAGGAAGCCCUUGCAGAGAAAGAGCAUAAAUUGGAAGAAUACAAGCGCAAGUUAGCCAGAGUUUCCCUGGUGCGCAAAGAACUCAGGUCCCGGAUCCAGAGCCUGCCAGACUUAUCUCGCUUGCCCAAUGUCACUGGCAGCCACAUGCACCUGCCCUUUGCGGGGGACAUCUACAGUGAAGAUUGACGACCAGUCUCUUUCCAGGGCCCAGGACUUUGCAAGAAAUGGAGACAGGUUAGGUGGCUACUAGUGUAGUGUUAUUUUUGUAUAUUGUUGAGAGAGUGACACUAACAAAAAAAUGACAAGUAAUUUAUAAAAUUGUUUAAAAUGUUGGUUUGUUUACUAUUUUAUUGGUAAGUUAACUUUACUUAGUUUAAACAAAGUGGUGAUCUCUGUAUUAAUAAGCUCACAUAUAGUGAUUAUUUUCAAAAAAUCUUUUUGUAAUUUUUUUUUUAAUUCAGGGCCUUGUGAGAUGUUCCAUGUUUCUAUUUCUUCGUGUAUUUUUAUGUUUCUUUUAUUAUCUUAGGUAUCUAAUCACUGUAUAGUAUGUAAUUCUGAAAGGGUGAGAACUAAUCAAGAUUUGGUUGAGACUUUAUUAUGGUAUAGUUAGGAAUUGAUUGUAGAAGGGACACAAUGUUUUAACUUAAUCUUCACCUUCUACCUGACUAAAAUAUCAGUUCUGUGCCUCUCAAUGCCUUUGAUUCCUUAUCCCCUGAGAUGCAUAACAUCCCUAAUGGAUGUUACUUUGAGAAUCAGAUCAGAGCCUAGAGAACUAUCCACACUAACACUCCAGGGAUUCCAUUCCAACUGACAGUGUAGAAUAAAUAAUGUUAAAUAGGGGUCCCCCUCAAUAAAUUGUUCAGGAUUAUUUGAAUAGAUUAAUAUGAAUAUACUUGGGAAUUGUUAUAAAUUUUGACAUUCUACCAAGAGGACAACUUAAAUUCUGGAACCAAUUUAUCUUUAUCACCUCAGUUUUCUUUUAGUAUAAUUGAUCUCUUUAACAUAAAAUCAUCUAUGGGAUUAAAAUGAACAUAAAAUAAUAUUUUCAUUACUUAUUUAGCCAUUUAACUUCAAUAGUAUUUUUAGCUGUUAGCUCAAAAACACAAUACUCAUUACUGUUCAGUAAAAUAGCCUGAAACAUUUUUAGUAUUUCGUUGAGGUUUUUGAAUGACUGUAUAUUUGGAAAUAAAGCAGUGCUGUUCUACAGGGUAGAUCUGGUAAAUAUUAUAUUUGUAUAUUUAGAAUUACCAAAAACAAAUGUACUUUUUACCUUUUAUUUCUAGCCCUGUGUGUUAGAGCAGUUGCAUGUUCUUGUGCUUUCUUUUAAAAUCACAUUGUUAAGCUGUGGAUUUGUACUCAAUAAGUUAGGAUAAACAUUUUUUUCAUUCAUUACAUAUUAGAUCUUUUUCUUUUUGUUGUGUAAGCAGAUUCAAAUUAGAUAGUCAAUAAAACAUUUCUUAAACUCCACAAGCCAAUAUGUCUCACUAGUUUUAAUGGCUUCACUGUUUCUCUCUCAACAUUAUAGUUAAAAUGAAUUAAUAUGUGGAGAAAGCAAAUGUCUAUUUGUAAUAGCUUAUAGUUCUGAAAAACAUUACUUUUCAACAGUUUGACCUCUCUCUAAAACAGAAAUAUAUAAGUAUUCUCCACCCAAACUUGGCUGAUUUCAGUUUUUAACUUUGGGACUCUGGGCAUAAUUUUUUCAGAGAAACAGCAGUUCUUAAGUUUCCUAUGAAUGCCUCAGAAAGCUUACCUCAGAAUCUAAUCCACUUAACCACAAAUGUAUUUGUGAUAUGAUUGUCAGAUUACUACUCUUAGGUCCUGAUCAGCCUUUGUAACAUCAUUUUAAGGAAAUGGUGUGCAGCAGCCAGACCCUCACAUUGGGUGUCUAUCUUAUGUACCUCUGUCCCUAGGUGUAGGAGAUAAGAAAAAGAGCAUGUGGAGAGGGAGGCUAACAAGUGCACAAUUAGAAGACCUGGUUAUACCUAUUCUAAAAGUCUAGUAAGUAAGUUAGUUUGGGUAUUAAAAUGAAAGCAAAAACUUUUGUUAACUUAUUUGCAAUAUCUUGACUUUAUUUAUGAUCUGCUAAAGUAGUGAUUGAUUCACUUAAAAUUUUUUUCCAUUUAAAAUUAAUUUAUAAGGUGUAUGUAGUCCUGGGAAGAUUAAAAUCUAUUAGUUUAUUGAAAUAUUUUCACCAUUUUAGGCAGACUUCUGACUUACUGAUUUUAAUACCAGUAUCUGCUCUAAAUAUUUAUGAUAAAAAUGCAUUAUUUUUUUAAGGAGCUUCAUGUGAUUUGUGAUAAGUGAUAGUACCCAACCUGGAUCCAACCCCAACCCCACUCCUUAACCAUUUCUUCACAAACCCUCAGCUGUUGCUUAAUUCACUAAUUGUAAACAUGAAUGAUACGGUCUGGUUUAGUUUUCAGCCUUAUUUAUGUUAGCUGACAUGAUAAGCCUGAGCAGUAAAUAGUCUUCCUUUCUAAAAGGUAGGCUCUCUUUUCUUUAGAAAUGGGUUUAGGUGGAGGCAAUAUAAUACCAAGUUACAAAUCAUGAACAGUUUUUCUGUUGUGUGAGGCAAAUCAUGCAUCUUUUUGAGUGUAGUUUAGCUUGACUCCUCAGGAGAAAAGCAUAUCACCAUGCUUGAAGUAGGGAAACUAUGGUUUGAAUGGAUACCAUCACUCUUUUUUCCACAAACAGAGCAGAGAGCUGUCUGGAGUGGCAAUUUGAACAGACUCCUUGGCCUUCCCUCUGCUCCUUCCAGCAUUACAGUAAGUAGAAAAAAAAGUGGGGAACUUGGGAGCCUCAGAAAAUCAGCUGUACCUAAUAGCCAACUGUCCCCCCUCUCCCGCCACCCCCAGGAAAACUAGUCCAGAUGCAACUAUUUUGUAUGUUUUCUCACAUGCACUCUGAAGUAGGGUUUUCCUGUAAGAACUGCUUCAUAAUCAGCAAAAUCUGAGAUGACAUCAUCUUGAUUUGCAAAAUUAGAAAGUUAGUCAUUUGUUAGGUAAGUUUCUCAUCUCUUACAAUAUAGUUAUUGAACAGAGGUGAGAAAUCUUUAGAAAGAUAAAAACAAAAGUACCAAUUGGGAAAGUUUGAACAACCUGAUUUCCAUUCUAAAAAUUUACAUUACAUGAAGUAAUAUAAAGCUUUUAAACUGCUUUGUAAUUCUAAUAACAGCGCCUGAAGAUGUAGUCUUUUCAUAGUUGUUGCACUAUAUCAAAGCUUUUUGGUGUAAAUCCAAUUCUUCUCGGUAUUAAAAAAUGGGGGAGUAUUGCAUUACUGAAUUUAUUAAUACAGAGCUUUUGUUGCCAUCUGUAAUCCCAGCCAUCCACACAUGAAUCUGUUCUAAGGGGGCAGCAGCACACGGGAAGAUUAUUUUCCGUUUCUUUACCCCUUUUUUUUUUGGGCUGUAUCUGAUGACAAUAUAAGAUGUUCUUAAUAAAGUUUUAUGUUCUUUUUGAAGUGUGUAGAUUAUUUUUAUGAAUCAAAUGGAUAUGGAAUAAGGGCAGGGGGCAGAUGAAUGAACUGGGAGGGAAACAAAUAACGGGAAAUAUUCAGUGAUGUGAGAAUGGAAAAAAUGCCUAAGGAUAUUCUCUUUGCUUGGCAGUGGUUCUCAAACUUGAGUGUUCAUAAUAACCUGGGGGGUUAUUGGAUAGU